AUGGCUGUGCCAGGACGGAGGGUGGGGCUAAUCAGACAGAGGCUGGUCCUGGGCGUGUGGGAGGGGUUAAUGGCGGUGUUUGGGGAGAUGACGGACAGAGAGGUCCGUCUGAACUCUGUUACCGAGCUGUUGGAGGUCCCGUCGUUAAGGAAGUGGAGCCGGUUGCCGAGGCUCUGUCCCAGGGCUUUCACGGCGGCCUUACGCACCGAGCCCGACAACAGGAAGUACAUCACAGGGUCCAGGACGGCAUUGAAGGCGGAGAACAACAACAUGACUUCAUUGGUCCUGUCCACCAGGCGCAAGUAAUCGCAGGCUGGGGAUUGGCUGAGCUGGGAGAGGACGUAGACUGGGCGGAAGGCGUGGUAGGGCCCGAAGCAGACGGUGAACAGGAAGAGCACGAAGAAGGACUUCCUGGCGGUGCAGCCGUAGCGGUGGGCGUUGGGGAGGUCCGGUUUAUCCCUGGACACCUUAAGGAGGCGCAUGGCUAUCUUCCCAUAGGAUACAACCAGCAGGCAGAACACUCCCCAGAACAGCAGCACCAGAGCCAUGUUAAAGUAAGCCUUCCCCUUCGCCCCACGCCGCUGCUUAUACUGGAAACACUUCCCAGGUUCCUCGUUGCCCUCCGACAUGGCGAUCAUGGGCACGGCCGCCACCAGGGACAGCCCCCAGAGCGCCCCGCACGCCACCCAGCUCCAUCCCCCGCCUCUCAGCCUACUGGCCAGGCCCCUCCCCGCCCCGCCCCGCCCCUUCAGCUUCACAUACCUAUCCAGACUAAUGAACCCCAACAGAGUGAUACUAAUAUACAUGUUCAUGUAGAAGAGGUUGCCCACCACUUUACAGACCAGGGGGCCGAGGAUCCAGCGGUUCCCAUUAGCAUGGUAGAGGACUCUGAAGGGAAGGCAAGCCAGGAGCACCAGGUCAGCUAUAGCCACGUUGAUGAGGAACACCCGGACAGAGUUCCUUCUGGAGUGGAGGAAGAGGAAGACCCACAGGGCCAGCAGGUUACCUACCAGACCCAGGAGGAAGAAGAGGGAGUAGAGGAAGACCAGGGGGAGGCGCAGUGCACCGUCAUCUAGAUUACAGAGGGUCUGGUUUGGAGAGGGGGAGAGGGGGAAGGAGGUGGAGGAGAAAAGGAAGGAGGAGGAGGUAGAGAGAGGAUGGGUGGCAUUGGAGAGGGGGAAGGAAGAGGAGGAGAGGGGAGAUGAGGUGGAAAGGGGGGAGGAGAGAAGAGUGGUCAUUGUGCCGAGGCGGGGGUGUCUCUAGGACCAGCAGAUUUUCAGUGCUGUGAAGAAAAGAGGGAGAGAGUGAGGCGGGGGUGGAGAGAUGUUUUUUAUUGAUAAGGAUGAAAAACGGACAUGUCAAAGCUGUGGGCUGUUAACAGGAAAGGACUUUGGCGGUUUGCAGAUACGGUUUGCAUUGACAAAGCACUGUAGUCUCAAGUAACUAAUCUAUUUUGAAAUGUCACAACUUUUACCACUUCAAGUUGUUUUUCAAGUUACUACCCUGUAGCAGGAAAAUAAGUAAUGAAAAAUCAACCACUACUUGAAGUGCAAUUAUUGUAUUGUACCUACGACCUAUUUUGGAUUUAGCACCAAGUAAAGAACGUGGCCUGCCUAGUAGUCUCACACCGAUUCACUGAUGAUUUUAUGAAGACAUGAUCUCACUCACCAUCCAGAUUCCCUCCAUGUCAGAGACUCUCCAGCUGUAGUUUGAGUGUGUGAAUUGUUCCAUAUCCUUUAACAGCCCCUGGUCCUGCUGUCCCUUGGUUAUCAGGUUCUGUGGGAUAGUGUUGGGACUUCUCUCGUUACUCUCCGACACACCUUUCACCUUUCUUUCUUUGUCUCUUUUGCUCAAAAGUACGAGUCUGUUACUGCAUCUGCUACUCUGAGCUCUCCUCCCUCGCUCUCUUUCCUCCUCUCUAUCUUCCUCUCUCUGGUUCAGAUGUCUUGUCUGAGUUUCUUCACUUCUCUCUCGCGCUCUCUCUCUCUCGCGCUCUCUCUCUCUCUCUCUCUCUCUCGCGCUCUCUCGCUCUCUCUCUCGCUCUCUCUCUCUCUCUCUCUCUCUCUCUCUCUCUCUCUCUCUCUCUCUCUCUCUCUCUCUCUCUCUCUCUGUGCCUCGAGAUGUUAUUCUCUCCCACCUCCCCCCACCAGCCCCUUGUCAGCUGUUAGCAGCUAUCAGAGCCGUCAGACCACAGACCCCAUCCUCCCCCCUCUCCUCCAGAGUGAUGUGCAGGCAAGGCGGAGGAAACCAGCGCUGCGAGACCACAGAGGCUGACUGUCACGUACUCCAGUGCUGCACUCUGCUACUCAUCCGCAAUCUCUUCUAUUUACUCCUGUCUCCUCUCUUCCUCCUUUCUCUGGUGUUCUCUCGAUCUGUCCAGUGUCGUCCUCCUCCUUUCUUUUCUCCUCCCUUAACUAUCAGUUGGACUGUAGCUCUCUGCCUUAGUCCUGUCUAGGAACAGCCUUUUGGUCCAGCACUAUCAAGGUUUUACUAGAAUAGUAUGGUACAAAAUGUUGAACCCAAUCCCUCCAUCUCUCUCUGUCUUGGUCCUGUCUUGUAGCCUCACUGUGUCCUGCUGGCCUCUAAGGAGAACUCAGCUCCAGUCAAGCUGGGGGGGUUUGGAGUGGCCAUACAGCUGGGAGAGUCAGGCCUGGUGGCAGGAGGUACUCUAUACUGACUGUGGAUUUAUCGUUCUCUCUCGCUCUCUGCUCUCUCUCUCUCUCUCUCUCUCUCUCUCUCUCUCUCUCUCUCUCUCUCUCUCUCUCUCUCUCUCUCUCUCUCGCUCUCUCGCUCUCUCGCUCUCUUGCUCUCUCUCUCUCUCUCUCUCUCUCUCGUCUCGCUCUCUCGCUCUCUGCUCUCUCUCUCUCUCUCUCUCGCUCUGCUCUCUCUCUCUCUAGCUCUGUUCUCUCUCUCUGCUCUCUCUCUCUCUCUAGCUAUGUGCUCUCUCUCUCGCUCUCUCUCUCGCUCUCUCUCGCUCUCUCGCUCUCGCUCUCUCUCGCUCUCUCUCUCUCUCUAGCUCUGUUCUCGCUCUGUUCUCUCUCUCUGCUCUCUCUCUGCUCUCUCUCUCUCUCUCUCUCUCGCUCUGUUCUCUCUCUCUGUUCUCUCUCUCUGCUCUCUCUCUGCUCUCUCUCUCUGCUCUCUCUCUCUGCUCUCUCUCUCUGCUCUCUCUCUGCUCUCUCUCUCUGCUCUCUCUCUCUCUGCUCUCUCUCUCGCUCUGCUCUCUCUCGCUCUCUGCUCUCGCUCUCCUCUCUUGCUCUGCUCUCUCCCUCUCCCUCUCCCUCUCUCGUAUCUGUGUGUAAACCCACACUCUAACCCUCCCUCCUCCCCAGGUCGAGUAGGCACCCCCCACUUCAUGGCCCCAGAGGUGGUGAAGAGAGAGCCGUAUGGUAAGCCUGUAGACGUGUGGGGCUGUGGAGUCAUCCUGUUCAUCCUGCUGUCUGGCUGCCUGCCCUUCUACGGCACCAAGGAACGCCUGUUUGAGGCUAUCAUUAAAGGGAAAUAUAAGGUAGUAGUUGAUUUUCCAAAACUGCCCUCUAACACACACACACUACAAGGCAGAGAAAGGGGCGGAUGUGAAACCUGUGGCUGCUGGUCAUUGCACGUGGUUAGCAACCACAAGCUAAGGCUUGCCUCAGUCCUUCUUAAGGCCCGUACAGAGCAUUCAGAAUGUACCAUAUAGAACAGUCCUAAUUCUGUUUCUGUGGGGGGUAUGUUUACUUGGCAACGUUCCUUAUAUCUAUAGCUAGGUUAAAAAGCUCAAGGUAUGUACUGUCCAAGGUGAUAAACGUAGCCGGCAUACCCCCGGGUGGUGCAGCCCUACAUCCAUCUGAGAGCGUGUGUGUGUGACCCGCCCCCCCUCUAGAUGAACCCACGCCAGUGGAGCCACAUCUCAGAGAGCGCCAAGGACCUGGUGCGCCGCAUGCUCAUGCUUGACCCUGCAGAGAGGAUCACUGUCUACGAGGCCCUCAACCACCCCUGGCUCAAGGUGGGAACACGCAUGCAGACACACACACACGCACACACACACACUCGUUCACUUGCACGCUUGCACACACACUCAAAGCCCUGUCUGCACGAUGCUGAAGUUGCAGACACAGCCUUAACCUCAACUCUAACACGUAGUCAUAGAGAGACCUUGAUUAUAACCUAAUAUGAAACUAACACUUGGCUAUUUGUUGGUUUUCUCAUAACUUCCUCCCCCGCAGGAGACCGACCCCUGCAUCAGCUACUUUCACAACCCAGAGAAUACGGUCUAGUUUAUUGAGUGGAAACUGUUAGUGUUUUGUCUUUAUUAGUGUUGUGUGGUAUUCACCUCUCUGUGAGGAACAGGCGUUCACCUCUGUGAGGAACAGGCGUUCACCUCUCUGUGAGGGACAGGCGUUCACCUCUCUGUGAGGGACAGGCGUUCACCUCUCUGUGAGGGACAGGCGUUCACCUCUAUGUGAGGGACAGGCGUUCACCUCUCUGUGUGUGUGUGUUCUCCCUCCAGGAGAGGGACAGGUAUGCCUACAAGAUCCACCUGCCAGAGACGGUGGAGCAGCUGAGGAAGUUUAACGCAAGGAGGAAGCUCAAGGUACACACAAGUGAUGAUCUUCCAAUCAAUCAGUCAACCAAUCAGUCAAUCAACCAACCAAUUAAUCAACCAUCCAAUCAGUCAAUCCAUUCUUGUUCUUUGUUGUCCUAGGGGGCAGUGUUAGCUGCUGUCUCCAGCCACAAGUUUAACUCCUUCUACGGAGACCCACCAGAGGAGAUGCCUGACUUCUCUGAAGACCCCACCUCCUCAGGUAAGACCCGCCGCUCUCCUCCCAAGCCGAGCUGUGUCAGUGGAACGGAUGUCAUGGCAACAAUCGCUUUCGUAGUUUGUGUUGCUAGCUCAUUGUCCCACGGACAGUCCUAAAGCACACCCCUGGUGAUUUUUCACUUCUCAUAGAUUUCUACAACUAUAGCCAACUUCUGUAGAAAAGGAUGCUCGUCAUGUAAGAACGAUGAUGAUGGUUUCACAUUUCUAUCACUUUUGUAAGCGCCUCAACCUCAACCAAGCCUCAACGUUAGCUAAUUUCCUGGUAAUCAGAUGACACAGGCAGUAGCUAACCACACAACCAAUCCAGUGUUCAGAUCAGAACAGCAGUGGAACAUUCAGGCCCUGGUCUCUGUGGUAGCCUCUGUCUUUUUAUAAAUCCCCCUGAUUGGUGGAAAAAGGAAACAGAGGUGCCCAGGCUAGCGUUGCCCAAUGCCCUCACUUCCCUGUCUCUGUCUCGGGGAUGCACUUUCACUUCCUAUGGACAUUAUCUAUGGGGGAACAAAGGGUUAACCACUACCUGCCGCCCUCUCUGUCAAAUAGCCUACUGCACUGAAUGCUAUGUUUGUCAGAUGUUCUCAGACCUAAAAAGGGCUCUAAUGUUGUGAUGAGUGCAUGUCCCACGUGAUCUGGUUUGUAGAUCUAGUUAGAUGCCUUUUAGAUGGGCUCCAUCUAAAAUGGUCAAAUGAAAUGGUGCCUAUCCUUCCCAUGCAUUUGGGAUUAAGGCGUAUAGCUGGAUCUACACAACAGACAGUGUGACGUGGCGUGGGCUCCACAUUAGACCACUUUUCAGGAUGAAAACAUCUGACAAACUUUGGGGAAAAUGGGAGCGCUAUAGAGUCAGACUGAGUGGGUCAUAGAAAAAGCAUUAGAGACAAUGUAGGUGAUAGUCUGGUCUUCCUCUUGUGAGUUCAGACAGCCUCAUUGCAUCACUCUGUUUUGUGACUAUUUCUGCCCUCCUUUCUGCACAGUCAGUGUCCUUUAUGGUGCUGAAGUCUAAAAAGAAAAUGCUUAGGGAUGGAAUUCACUUUCCUGUGGGGUGUGUGUGUUAGGAGGGGAGGGGGGGAGGGGGGAGCAGUGUAUGAGUAAAGGACCUUUUUUAAUCGGAACGGCAUCUUUGCUACUUUAGCCAGAUGCCCACAGCUCCAGACACUUCUAGAGUCAACACAACCUCUGCUUUUUGCUUACUCUAUCUCUCUCUCUCCCUUUUUGCUCUCUCUCUCUCUCUCUCUCUCUCUCUCUGUCUUGUCUUUCAUCCUUACUGCCCUCCUCUUUUCUCUCUCUCUACACAAUCCCUCUCUUUCUCUUGUCUUCUAAAUCUUUCCCCUCUCUCAAUUCUCUUCUCUGUGGUUUUGUUGCAAUGCGGCGCUCUCUGUAGGACUGCUAGCCGCUGAAAGUAGGUAUCCCCACGUAGCUUCCUGGUGUGACAUCAUCAUGAAAUCAUCACCAUCUAUUAAACUACCCCCUCCGCCCCCCCGUCGGUCCUCUGCUUGCCUGUAGCACCCUUGAUGACUCGCAUCCCAAUACUCUAAAACAACUUCCUCACUUUACCUAUUUGGGGGAUGAAACAAUAUCUGACUCUGUGUCAGUUGAUGGGGCGAAUUGAACUCCAAGGUGAGAUGGACAGGAAGCCAACCAGAAGUAUUGGGAAGUAGACUCUGUGUGCAUUGUGAUGUCACACCACCGACAGCCAAUGAGGUGGCUGCGUGCCUGCACGGCUUCCAUUUGAUCCAAUCACAACCGUUGUCAGUGGCGCGUCCAAUCUGGACCUGUCAUGACCUUUGAGGACAAGCUGAAAAUGUUCUAACCUAUUUCUAUGUGUGCAGUGUUUUUCUAUUUUAUUAAAAUAGCAUGGCAACUAACUUUAGUCUUCCAUACAAUCUCUAGAUCCAGCCUUCACUAACCUGAACUAACCCAUCACAUGACAUGACCUCCAUACCAUCUAUCUCCAUCCCAUGUGAUAUGGUUUAUUCCUUCCUUCCUGUGUCUAAUCUGUCAUAUUGAUGAUGGGACGUACUUCUGUUCUGUUCUGUCCCGUCCUGUUCUGCCGUCUCUGUUGCUUUCGCUGCAUGUAGCAGGUACUCUAGCCUAACACUUCUGUUUCUAGCUGUGUGGUGUCUGUAAAUGUGUUUGUCCUUGUUUUUCGUUAUAUGUAUUUUUGUUUGUGUUAAAUCUAAAUCUUUCUGUUUUUACAGUAUUGGCUACUUAUAAUUGGUGUACGUGUGUAUGUGCUUUAACCUGUGUGUGUGCUAUAACCUGUGUGUGUGUGUGUGUGUUCUAUAACCUGUGUGUGUGUGUUUUAUAACCUGUGUGUGUGUGUAGGAGCAGUAUCUCAGGUGCUGGACAGCCUGGAGGAGAUCCAUGCUCUGACCGACUGCAGUGAGAAAGAUCUGGACUUCUUACACAGCGUCUUCCAGGACCAGCACCUACACACACUGCUGGACGUGAGUGGGCUACACACACACAUGCAGUUUCAUGUCAAGUCCACUAGGUGGCAGGCACUUUGACACAGGUAAAGGGCUAUGCAUGCUCAGACACACCACAUUAUUCAUUGGGAAUGAAAAUGCAUUUUAUUUAUAAAGCACCAUUAAUACAUAAAAGACCAAAAAAAUGUUAUGUUAGGAAGGAUAUGUGAAAGAUGACCGAAUAAUAAUGUCUCUCUCCCUGGUGUCCCAGCUCUAUGACCAGAUCAACACCAGGUCGUCUCCUCAGAUCAGAAACCCUCCCAGUGAUGGAGUACAGAGAGCCAAAGAGGUGAGUGGCCUUGGUCACGACACCUCUUUUCUUGUGGGACUAGUGCUUGUCAAAGACUUUAUUUUGUUGUUUUGGUUAGUAUUCAUUUUGGGGUUUGUUAAUGUUUUGCAUUAAGUGUUGAAGCUCUUAUAUGAUACUAUAAUUGUACUUCCUCUCUUCUCCUUUAGGUACUGGAGACAAUCUCCUGUUACCCCGAAAACAUGGAGGCCAAGGAACUCCGGAGGAUCCUCACACAGCCACACUUCAUGGUGGGUCAUCUCCAUCUCUCUCUCUCUGUGUGUGUGUGUGUGUGUGUGUGUGUGUGUGUGUGUGUGUGUGUGUGUAAACAAAUGAUCAUGACUGGGUCGAGCUCCUUAGUUUGUCCACUAUAGACCACCAGGUAUGGAGGGAGGGAGUAAUCUGUUAGAUCAGCAAGACAAAGGGGAGGGGCUGUCAGAUAUAGCAGACAGGUUUAUGGGUGGGGCUACAGCAACAGCAGAGGUCAACAGCAGAGCCACAGCCACGGACCUGUCUCUAGUGGGAUCACUGGUGAGGAACUGGGAUCAUGGGGUCUUGGCUAAAUCUAAUCAAACUUUUUAUUUGAAGGGGAUUUAACUUACCUUAGGUCACAUGGGAACUUGGAUGUGUUGUUUUGCAUACUUUGCUCCAUUUUGGGGUUUAUGGUGUACAGACUGCUUUCUGUUAGGGGGUUACAUUCUGUAUUUUAAACACUUGAGUUGGAAGGACUCAUUAGUCAAAAUAGAAGGUUAAAAAAAAGAAUAAGAGAAAAAAACGGUCUGCUUUUCUGGAAUGUUCUCCUCUUUCUCUCUUCAUCUCCUCUGGUGUCAGGGUUUUUUCUGGAUCAAAAAGGGGCUUAGGGGGUGGGCGUGGCAGGGGUCGUGGUAAUGGGCGUUGUCGGCGCGGCUGAAUUUUAGGGAACAUUUUACAGGUCCACAUCUUGGCUGUGUAGAGAAGGUUUAGCAUUUCCUGCUAUUCUACACAUUUCUCCAUGGAGCUGAGAGACAUUUUUGCAGUUUUAAAGCUAAUUUCCUGCAAUUCUACACAUUUUGCUAUGGAACUGAGAGAAAAUGUAGCCGUUUUAAAGCUAAUUUCCUGCAAUUCUAUGUAUUUUGCCAUGGUUAAUGUGGAGUUAUUUUGCUCAAACAUAAUAACAUCUAUUCUGCUAAAUUAAUUGUUUUGGGAAUUUUCUGUUCUUCCUUACUGUCUAGCUUUUAUUUUGGUGAUUGUUAGUUCUCAAAGAUUAUAAUGUAAAAAUAUAUUGGUCCAUUAUCUUUUCUAAAUACUUUGUCUGGCUUUAGUCGUUUUUAAGUUUAAACUGAAAGCUUUUUCCAUGCUGACAUUUUUUUGGGACUUAGGCGGCCCGAAAAAACGCUUAGGUGGCCCGCCCAAGGAUUUCAAUGGCAGAAAAAUCUGUGGCUGUAUGUUACAGUUAAAGCUGAAAUAUGUAACCUUUUGGGCAGCCUGACCAAAUUCACAUAGAAAUGUUAGUUAUAGAUCCUAGGGCGGCAGAUAGCUUAGCGGUUAAGAGCGUUGUGCCAGUAACCGAAAGGUCGCUGGUUCUAAUCCCCGAGCCGACUAGGUGAAAAAUCUGUCUGUGCCCUUGAGCAAGGCACUUAACCCUAAUUGCUCCUGUAAGUAGCUCUGGAUAAGAGCGUCUGCUAAAUGACCUAUUUAUUAUUUAUUUAUCUGUCUUUCUCAUUGAAAGUGAGUCUAAGAAGCUGUAGAUUUGUUCUAUGUGUGCCAUUUCUAUGCUUCCCAUUCUUAAGUUUCGUUUUUGCAUCUUUUACUUUCGGUUUUGUACACCAGCUUCAAACAGCUGAAAAUACAAUAUUUUUGGUGAUGGAAAAUAUAUUUCACAGCGGUUUAGAUGGUACAGUGAUUCUCUGCACUAUACUUGCUUGUUUUGUCACAUAAACCGAAAUUAGGCAAACAAUUAGAAUUUUAGCAACCAGGAAAUGGCAGAGCAUUUCUGCGUAGUGCACCUUUUUAAAGCUGAGGUGUGUUUGGCUGUCCAUCCUCUAACCUCUGCUUAGUCUCUGACCCAGAGGGUAUUUCUGUUCUGAUACAAAUACUGACAUCUCAACGCUGGGAGCCCUCUCCUUUUCGCUCAGCCUAAAGACUGACACAGUGGCUUGGGCUAAAGAAGGUGUGGGUCCCCUUACCUGGUGACACAAGAUUUUAAAAAAACGUAUAUUCCAUCUGGAUACAAGUAUUUUUUGUAGACCCAUAGUAGCUUACCCAGUCUUUAUUAGUCACGUUUCAUAAGGCCAAGCAAAUAAUGCCUUGCAGCUGAAAUGUCUUGGAGCUGCUCUGUUUUAAUAGGAGGCAGGUUAUGAAGUUACCAGUGGUGUGUGUGUGUGUAGUAGGUAGGGAGGUGUUGCGACACAUUGUGUGUCAGUGACAAUCGGUGGUGUCAGAAAGAGGGUUAGUGUAAGCCAUGCUCUCUGUUCCAUGUACAUUCCUCUCUCUCUCAAACACAUGCCUCUGUAUGUGACCCCCAUAACCAUGUCCUCAGUCUCUUCCUUACUAACAGGCUAUAUUAUGUACCUUGUGUGCCCCCUGUUGUUUAAAAGGCCAUAUUGCACACUCAUUGUCUGCUGUAGAUGUGUCUGUGUGAGGGUGUGUCUUACAGUAGACUUGCAUGAUCCAGUAUAAUCCAUGUUUAAUGACUGUGUGUGUGUGGGUAGGCCUUGCUCCAGACCCAUGAUGUGGUGGCCCAUGAGGUGUACAGUGAUGAGGCUCUGAGGGUGACCCCCCCGCCCACCUCACCCUACCUGAACGGAGACUCUCCCGAGAGCACCAACGGAGACAUGGACCUGGAGAACGUGACGAGAGUACGCCUGGUUCAGUUCCAGAAGAAUACUGACGAACCUAUGGUACGACACACACACACACACACACACACACACCGACCACACAUACACAUUUACUGACUCUUCCUGUUUGACCUUCCACCCUUGACGUCUUCAGGGCAUCACUCUGAAGAUGAACGAUCUGAACCACUGCAUCGUGGCCCGUAUCAUGCACGGAGGAAUGAUACACAGACAAGGUACAGGACACUUUUGGAAUAUGCCGUACACCCUAGCACAAACAAACCCACAUUCACCCUCACUCUUUUUUAGGUACGCUGCAUGUCGGAGACGAGAUCAGAGAGAUCAACGGGAUCAGCGUGGCCAAUCAGACCGUAGAACAGCUCCAGAAGAUGCUGGUGUGUAGUCCAAUCAGAUUCUGUUGUUCUCACCAUUGUCCAAUCAGCUUGAUUUGUCCUUAAACAUUACUACAAAUACAUGUGUGUAUCAGUGUAAGACUUAUUGGUUGUGAUCAUUUGAUCAUAAUGUUGUCCCCACAGAGGGAAAUGCGAGGGAGCAUUACCUUUAAGAUCGUCCCCAGCUACCGGUCCCAGUCCAUGUCUUGCGAGGUAUGGACCGAUUCUCUUGUGUCUCUAGAAAAUCAGGUAAAUGGGGUAAAGGAGCAUUCUAUUCUUCAGUUAUAAGCCAUUUUCUGUUGGGAUGUUUUUCACGUUUUUUUGUUCAUGUGUGUCUGCAGAAAGAGUCCCCAGACCUAUCCAGACAGUCGCCAGCCAACGGCCACGCUAGCGUCACUAGCUCCAUCCUGGUGAGGAUCUGUGGCUUGAUAUAGCUUCUGUCAGAUGACUCUAUUGUGUUGUAUUAGAAGUGUAUUAACUCUGUGUUAACUCUGUGUGUAGGAUCUGCCCUCUACCAUCCAGCCUAAAGGACGACAGGUGAGCGCUAUAGACUUCCCUUCCCUAACUCCUCCAGUCUUCUCUCCUGUCUGACUCGUCAUCUCUCACAUGGCUUUGUCUAUACCAGGGACACCAUUUGCUUGUUUGUGUGUGUGUACAUCUCUGUGUGUAUCUGUGUGUAUGUCUCUGCGUUUGUGUGUACAGUGCAUUCGGAAAGUAUUCAGACCCCUUCACGUUUUACACAUUUUGUUACGUUACAGCCUUAUUCUAAAAUGGAUUAAAUAUUUUUUUCUCAUCAAUCUACACACAUUACCCCAUAAUGACAAAGCGAAAACAGAAAUACCUUAUUUACAUAAGUAUUCAGACCCUUUGCUAUGAGACUCGAAAUUGAGCUCAGGUGCAUCCUGUUUCCAUUGAUUAUCCUUGAGAUGUUUCUACAACUUGAUUGGAGUCCACCUGUGGUAAAUUCAAUUGAUUGGACAUGAUUUGGAAAGGCACACACCUGUCUAUAUAAGGUCCCACUGUUGACAGUGCAUGUCAGAGCAAAAACCAAGCCAUGAGGUCGAAGGAAUUGUCCGUAGAGCUCCGAGACAGGAUUGUGUCGAGGCACAGAUCUGGGGAAGGCUACCAAAAAAUGUCUGCUGCAUUGAAGGUCCCCAAGAACAGUGGCCUACAUCAUUCUUAAAUGGAAGAAGUUUGGAACCACCAAGACUCUUCCUAGAACUGGCCGCCCGGCCAAACUGAGCAAUUGAGGGAGAAGGGCCUUGGUCAGGGAGAUGGGAGAACCUUCCAGAAUGACAACCAUCUCUGCAGCACUCCACCAAUCAGGCCUUUAUGGUAGAGUGGCCAGACGGAAGCCACUCCUCAGUAAAAGGCACAUGACAGCCCGCUUGGAGUUUGCCAAAAGGCACCUAAAGGACUCUGACCAUGAGAAACAAGAUUCUCUCGUCUGAUGAAACCAAGAUUGAACUCUUUGGCCUGAAUGCCAAGCGUCACGUCUGGAGGAAACCUGGCACCAUCCCUACGGUGAAGCGUGGUGGCAGCAUCAUGCUGUGGGGAUGUUUUUCAGCGGCAGGGACUGGGAGACUAGUCAGGAUCGAGGGAAAGAUGAACAGAGCAAAGUACAGAGAGAGAUCCUUUAUGAAAACCUGCUCCAGAGCGCACUGGACCUCAGACUGGGGCGAAGGUUCACCUUCCAACGGGUCAACGACCUCAAGCACACAGCCAAAACAACGCAGGUGUGGCUUCGGGACAAGUCUCUGAAUGUCCUUGAGUGGCCCAGCCAGAGCCCGGACUUGAACCCGAUCGAACAUCUCUGGAGAGACCUGAAAAUAGCUGUGCAGCGACGUUCCCCAUUCAACCUGACCGAGCCUGAGAGGAUCUGAGAGAAGAAUGGGAGAAACUCCCCAAAUACAGGUGCGCAAAGCUUGUAGCGUCAUACCCAAGAAGACACGAGGCUGUAAUCGCUGCCAAAGGUGCUUCAACAAAUUACUGAGUAAAGGGUCUGAAUACUUAUGUAAAUGUGAUAUACAUCUGCAACAAUUUCUGAAAACCUGCUUUUGCUUUGUCGUUAUGGGGUAUUGUGUGUAGGUUGAUGAGAAAAACAACAAUUUAAUCAAUUUUAUUAUAAAGGCUGUAACGUAACAAUGUGGAAAAAGUCAAGGGGUCUGAAUACUUUUAGAAUGCACUCUAUAUCUGUGUAUGUGUCAAACAUCAUUUGGCCAUGUCAUCUUAAAUUCCCCCUCCAUGUAUAAAAGGGAUACUUUGUGAUUUUGGCAAUGAGGCCCUUUAUCUACUUACCCAGAGUCAGUUGAACUUGUGGAUACCAUUUGUAUGUCUCUGUGUGCAGUUUGAAGGAAGUUGCUAACUAGCGCUAGCGCAAUUGCUAACUAGUGUUAGCGCAAUGACUGGAAGUCUAUGGGUAUCUGAUAACAUGCUAGUAGAUACCCAUAGACUUUCAGUCAUUGCGCUAACGCUAGCUAGUGUUGGCUCACACAAAUUCCUCCAACUUCCUUCAUAUUGGACACAGAGACAUAAAAAUGGUGUAGAUAAAGGGUUUCAUUGCCAAAGUCACCCUGUCUGUCGUAACCCGUCUCCCUGUCGUAACAUGUCCCCGUCUCCCUGUCGUAACAUGUCCCCGUCUCCCUGUCGUAACAUGUCCCCGUCUCCCUGUCGUAACAUGUCCCCGUCUCCCUGUCGUAACAUGUCCCCGUCUCCCUGUCGUAACCCGUCUCCCUGUCGUAACAUGUCCCCGUCUCCCUGUCGUAACAUGUCCCCUUCUCCCUGUCGUAACAUGUCCCCUUCUCCCUGUCGUAACCCGUCUCCCUGUCGUAACCCGUCUCCCUGUCGUAACCUGUCCCCGUCUCCCUGUCGUAACCCGUCUCCCUGUCGUAACCCGUCUCCCUGUCGUAACAUGUCCCCUUCUCCCUGUCGUAACAUGUCCCUGUCCCCCCGUCACAAGCUGUACUCCUCAGUCUCACUCACCUCCUUUGUCGAUGUCCCGUAUGUUUUCUACUGCAUGAUGUGUGUGUGUGAUGCUCUCAACCCCCUAGAUCUCCAGACCUGCCAUCAAGGACAAAAUGUCCAUCAAGGUAAGAUCUCUCAGUGGAUCCAAGUAGCAGUAGAUCCCAUGCAGUAUAUCCCUCAUUGUAGCUCUUGUAGAUCCAACAUUAGCUGGCGUCCAUAAUCCCCCUCCCCCCUACAUUUAAAAUUGUUGGUUGUUUGCUCGUAAGAUGUAGCCAAUCGGAGGCAACCAGAACGAUUAAAAUGGUACAUCUUUCUUUGAUUUGCCUAAUUUCAUUUCUCUUCUUCUUCUUCUUCUUCUUCCCUCCUCUGCUUCUUUGCUUGUUUACUGUGUCGAUUGUGGCCAUUUUGACCAAUCAAUGUCCCAUACAGCUCUCGUCAGGAGUUUGACCAUUCAAAAUCACCUCUUUCCUCCAUACCUCCAGCUUGAUCAAUCACAGUCCCCCUAUUCCCUCCCAGAUCAGUGGGCCUGACCAAUCACGUUUCUCCGUUUCCUCCCUCAGAUCUACGUGCGUGCCCAGUUUGAGUACGACCCUGCCAAGGAUGACCUCAUCCCCUGUAAGGAGGCCGGGAUCCGCUUCCGGGUGGGUGACAUCAUCCAGAUCAUCAGUAAGGACGACCACAACUGGUGGCAGGGCAAGCUGGAGAACACUAAGAAUGGAACCGCAGGGCUCAUACCGUCACCAGAACUACAAGAGUGGUGAGGACAGAACCCAUACUGUACAACCCGGCAGGGUUGGUACUUCCAUUCCAAUUCCAUUUCCAAUUCAGGAAGUGGAUUGAAAUUAUAAUGCAAGAAUUGCUAAAAAUCCUCAUAGGAAAAGUGCUGUAUAUUUUUCUAAUUAUUCAGCAGAAAUGUGACGCUGGUCUUUGGUUUUGAAGGGCCGUUACCACAGAUUUAAAAUAAGUGAAGUAUCUGUAUUUCCUUACAUUUUACUACACCCCCUCCAGGCGUGUGGCGUGUAUCGCCAUGGAGAAGACCAAGCAGGAGCAGCAGGCCAGCUGUACCUGGUUUGGCAAGAAGAAGAAACAGUACAAAGACAAGUACCUGGCCAAGCACAACGCAGGUACACACACACACACACACACACACACACACACACCGCAUGUUUUAGUAAUACAAUCAGAAACCAAUUAUUUAUUCAGUGGAACUACGUGUGUGUGUAAAAGUGUUUUGCUUGACAUGUUGGCUAUUAGAUAUUCCAAAUGUUGCCGUUGUGUUUUAUAUUGUAUGAUGCAUUCAAAUGUUAUUCCUUGUUUGAUAUUCUCUUGCAGCUUUAUUCACUGGCCAAAAAAUUGUCUCAAUUCUGAAUGUAGUAUAUUUUUAUUGUAUAAUAAAGACCAAUUCCCGUCUGUAGAGCUAAAUGUUUGGAUCACAUAGCUUACUACUGUACUGCAUGCGGUCUGUGAAAUGGUUUCCAAAUGAGUCUGACUAAUGCUGCGUGUUCUUUCCCCAGAACGGCCCCCUUUCCUCCCUCAAAGAGCUCCCCUCUAAACGUUGUCUCAAUGUUGACUGAAUGUUACAUGUCUAACGCUCCUGCCAUUAACAACCUGGCCUCCGAGUCCAAGCUAUGUACUGUAAUGUUUUUAUUUUAAGUUUUCUUCUAUUAACCCUCCCCUCCCUCCUUCCCUCUGUUCUGUCUAUCUUUCACGCGUCUCUUACCCAAUGGCUUGGCUGCAUGUAAGUAACUCUGAAUGAUGCCCAAUGACGCCCUCCUCCGUUUCUCUCCCUCUAUCCUCUACUUUAUUCAGUCUCUUUUCCUUGUUUGACAUCAGUAACCAGUUUGAACUUCUAUUUCGUUGUUUAAUUUGUUCGUCCUUGUUUUUAUGUUUUAUGUGUCCUUGUUUGUCCGUCUGUCACAGACCUGAAGUAUUGAACUUGUGAUUAAAAUAAUUCCAAUCACACUUAGGCCCUUUUUUAGAUGGCAAAAACAAACCACAAUCUCUUUCACACAGUUAUCGGUAAACGCAUUUCAGUGGUGAUUUAUCCGUUCUUUAUUUAAGCCAUUCAUUUGAUUCACCUCACUGUGCUGUGCACUACAGACGACCCCCUUCCAUUGUGUGUGUUUCAUUAUUCCUAUGGCUCUGUGAACUGUCAUCUCUAAUGCCUUUCACCCCCUCUGUUUCAGUGUUUGACCAACUAGACCUGGUCACGUAUGAAGAGGUGGUCAAACUGCCUGCGUUCAAGAGGAAAACACUUGUCUUGUUGGGUACGUUAGACAGAUGGUUCUUAGGUAGUGUUAACAAAAGGGGAACAGUUGGCAACACAUUAUUGAAUGUCUCUGUCUCAUUGUCUUGUCUGAUGUCUCUCUCUCCAGGGGCCCAUGGAGUUGGCAGGAGGCACAUCAAGAACACGCUCAUCACUAAGCACCCAGACCGAUUUGCCUACCCCAUUCCUCGUAAGACACACACCACACCACUACCACAUCACUACUACCACACCACCACCACACCACUACCACACCACCACACCACUACCACCACACCACUACUACCACUACCACACUACCACACCACUACACCACUACUACCACUACCACACCACUACCACUACCACACCACUACCACACCACUACAUCACUACCACUACCACCACAUCACUACCACUACACCACCACAUUACUACCACACUACCACAUCACCACCACCACAUCACUACCACACCACCACUAACACACCACUACCACACCACCACUAACACACCACUACCACCACCCCCACCAAUACCAUCACCACACCACUACCAACAUCACAACAACUACAUGGAAAUCUAUGCACUAAGACAGAACUUGAUUGUAGGAACCUCCAAUCAGUUUCUAUCACACUCACCCCUCCCUCCUCUCUCUCUCUCUCUCUCUCUCCCUCCCUCUCUCCCUCCCUCCCUCCCCCCUCUCUCUCACUCCCUCUCCCUCUCCCCACAGACACAACCAGACCUCCAAAGAAGGAUGAGGAGAAUGGGAAGAACUACUACUUUGUGACUCAUGACCAGAUGAUGCAGGACAUCAGUAACAAUGACUACCUGGAGUACGGUAGUCACGAGGACGCCAUGUACGGCACACGGCUAGAGACCAUCCGCCAGAUCCACCAGCAGGGUAUGAUCUCCAUACUGGACGUGGAACCACAGGUAGGUGUUUUUAUGUGAGGUGGAGAUGGGUGGGGAUUGUUUUUGUGUGGGGUGGAGAUGGGUGGUGGUUGUUUUUGUGUUGGGUGGGGUUGUUUUUAUGUGGGGUGGAGAUGGGUGGGGUUGUUUUUGUGUGGGGUGGAGAUGGGUGGUGGUUGUUUUUGUGUUGGGUGGGGUUGUUUUUAUGUGGGGUGGAGAUGGGUGGGGGUUGUUUUUUGUGGGGUGGAGAUGGGUGGGUUUGUUUUUGUGUGUGGUGGGUUUUGGGGUGAGAUGGGUGGGGUGUUUUUUGUUGGGGUGGAUUGGGUGGGGUUGUUUCUUGUGGGGUGAGAUGGGUGGGGUUUUUUUGGGGUGGGUGGAGUGGGUGGGGAGUGGUGGGGUGGAGAUGGGUGGGGUUGUUUUGUGUGGGUGGAGAUGGGUGUGGGUGGUUUGUUUUUGGGUGGAUGGUGUGUUUUUAUGUGGGGUGGAGAUGGGUGGGGUUGUUUUUGUGUGGGGUGGAGAUGGGUGGGGUUGUUUUUGAUGUGGGGUGGAGAUGGGUGGGGUUGUUUUUGUGGGGUGGAGAUGGGUGGGUUGUUUUUGUGUGGGGUGGAGGGUUUUUUUAUGUGGGGGGAGAUGGGUGGGUUGUUUUUUGUGGGGUGGAGAUGGGUGGGGUUGUUUUUGUGGGGUGGUGGUGUUGUUUUAUGAGGGUGGUUUUUUUAUUGGGGUGUGGGGGGUUGUUUUUUGUGGGGUGGAUGGUUGUUGUUUUUAUGUUGUGGCGUGGGUGGGGUUUUUUUGUGUGGAGAUGGGUGGGUUUUUUUGUGUGGGGUUGUGGGUGGGGUUUGUUUGGUGGGGGUGAUGGGUGGGGUUGUUUUUGUGUGGGGUGGAGAUGGGUGGGGUUGUUUUUGUGUGGGGUGGAGAUGGGUGGGGUUGUUUUUGUGUGGGGUGGAGAUGGGUGGGGUUGUUUUUGUGAGUCCAGUAUUUAUUAAGCAGUAUAUAUUCCACCGGCAGAAAAUCAAUGAUGGUGGACCGCUGACCUUAAUGUUAACUUUUAUGCCUUUCCCUGACCCUUAACCUAAAUUAAAAUAUACCUGACCUUAACUCUAACCUUAACUCUAACCUAACCCUCACUCUUAAACCUAACCUUCAUUAAGCUCUAAGUUUUAGUUCUGCCGGUUGAAAAUACACUUCCUGUUCAUUGAUACUGUGGAGAGUUUUUAAAUGUAGCUUACUAGUCAGUUUUCUGUCAGUCAUCUCUUGUUUCUCUUCAGGCACUCAAGGUGUUGAGGACGGCUGAGUUUGCCCCUUACGUUGUGUUCAUCGCAGCUCCCACCAUCACCCCUGGAAUGAACGAGGUUAGGGCCAACACACACACACACACUGCUACUGUGUCCGUCAUGUUUUGGGUUGUCUCUGUAAUUUUGCUGUGGUGAAAGGUCCAUCACACUGCAUGUGUCCUGUCUGUGUGCAUUCCUGUUGAUUUUUCUUUGGCAUGCCUUUCUCCUUGCACCCAAGCUUCCCAAGUGGUGCAGGAAACUGCCUGUAAGUACUGGAUAUGUAGAAGUAGUUUAGCUCAUAUACACACAUUUUAUAGGUGUGUGUAUUGUGUUUGUGUGUCAAUGGUUUGUUGUUUUUGAGUAUACCAAUAGUUUGGAGUCUCUGGGAGUACCAUUUCCUCUUUCUUUCCAUUGUGUGACUCUACCCUUCCCACAAUGCCUGGAACAAGUGUAUUUUCUUCCUGUUAUUCUGACUCUCUCUCUUCCCUCUCCUCCUCCUCCCCUCCUCCCUCCAGGAUGACUCCCUCCAGCGGCUGCAGAAGGAGUCAGAGGGCCUCCAGAAGACCUACGCCCAUUACUUUGACCAGACCAUCAUCAACAACGAGAUUGACGACACCAUCCGUCUGCUGGAGGAGGCCGUGAACCUGGUGUGCACCACCGCCCAGUGGGUCCCUGUGUCCUGGGUUUACUAACCCCUGAACCCAGACCAUCCAUCCAACCAACCCCAGACCAACACCAAACUCUGACUUUCGUCCCCAAUUCCCGAACAAACCCCGGUUUUCUUUUACAAUGCAUCUCUGUGGAACAUCUCCGUGGAACAUCUCUGUGGAAACCGUGUAGAUGAAGGAAAAAAUGAAUGAAAAAGGACUGAAACCGCCUCUGAAACCUCAGUCAGUCCUCCUGCAGAACAACAGUGACUUCUGUCCCACUGUCCCCCUCCUCUCCACUCCUUACCAACUGCCUCAAAGGCACAUUGUUGUGUGUGUGUGUAUAUAUAUACAUAUAUAUAUAUAAUAGAAAAAUAAUAAAUAUGGUCCUUAAGUUGAAUGUGGGGAGGGAGGGGGGUGACGUUGUAGACAUUUUCUACCUUAUUUCUUUUUGUAUGAUUACAGAGACUGCUGUCUGAGGGGAGAAGGAGAGGAGGACAAACGUGACACGGUGAUGGGUGUCGGGGUGUCUGUGUUGCUGUUUACCUUGUAUAAGGCAUUUCCUAUGAUCAUCAGUCAGAAGCUAGCCGUGUGCCCCCCUGACCCCUUACUCCUAUUGGUCGCCUCAUGCUCUUUGUGCUCCGCCCCUCAGAGUCAGCGGAGGUCCCUCUUGCACAGUCGCCGCUGCCGCAGUGGCACCACGUCCUAUUGGGCGGAUAGAAAAGCA